AUGUAUUUGUCGUUACUUGCUGAGUCAGUCAGAGCCAGAGUAUCUCAAACUCCACGACCACCAACAUUUCCCAAAAUGACCACCAUCCGAGUGCCCUGCUCGUCGGCCAACAUUGGCCCCGGUUUCGACGUCAUUGGCCUCGCCCUCAACGUCUACCUCGAAGUCACCCUCACAGUCACCACCAAGCCCUCCUCCGACCACUCCCUCAAUUGCCGCAUUACCUACGAAGGCCUUGGCGCUGGAACCGUCUCGCUGCAAGCGGAAGACAACCUCAUCACCCGGACCGCCGUCUACGUCCUCCGAUGCCAUGGCGUCCGCGCGUUCCCCGCCGAGACACAUGUGCACAUAAACAAUCCGAUCCCCCUCGGGAGGGGACUGGGGUCAUCUGGAGCGGCCAUUGUGGCUGGCGUCUUCCUAGCAAACGAGGUGGGAAAUCUGGGUCUAUCUAAAGCGCGAAUGCUGGACUACUGCCUCAUGGAAGAGCGACAUCCGGACAAUGUGGCUGCGGCACUGUACGGCGGUUUCGUGGGAACAUAUCUGAACGAGCUGGACCCGGAAGACACUGCGAGGCUGGAAAUCCCUCUGAGUGAGGUCCUACCGGAGCCUGCUGGAGGUGUCGACACAGGCCUGCAGCCGCCGGAACCGCCGAAGAACAUUGGACACUACAAAAAGUUCAAGUGGGCGCCGGAGAUCAAGUGUAUCUGCAUAAUACCUGAUUUCGAGGUUUCAACAGCUAAAGCGAGAGAUGUGCUACCAACAACGUAUUCGAGGAAAGAUCUCAUAUUCAACUUGCAAAGACUGGCGCUACUAACUACAGCACUGGGAGAAUCACCGCCCGACCCUGACAUGAUAUACCUAGCGAUGCAAGACAAGAUCCACCAGCCAUACCGCAAAACUCUCAUCCCCGGACUCACCGAGAUACUACACUCAGUGACACCACAAUCCCAUCCCGGCUUACUAGGAAUCUGUCUGUCUGGUGCUGGGCCCACCAUCCUCGCGCUCGCAACCAACAACUUCGACAACAUCGCCAACGACCUCCUAACCGAGUUCAAGAAACACAACAUCACGUGCGACUGGAAACUGCUCCAGCCCGCCGAAGAGGGCACCACAGUCACCCGCCCUUCAUCCUCUCCCUCAAACCAAGAAUCCCUAACCUACGCCUCUGCCGGCGUCAGCAUCGAAGCCGGCAACGAGCUCGUCCAGCGCAUCAAAGCCGCCGUGAAAUCCACCAAGCGGCCCGGCGCCGACGCAGAAAUUGGCGGGUUCGGCGGCAUGUUCGACCUGCAAGCCGCCGGCUACGCCGCGCCCCCGAUCCUCGUCGGCGCCAUCGACGGCAUCGGGACGAAAGUGAAGAUCGCCUUCGAGAUGGGCAAGCACGACACCGUCGGCAUCGACCUCGUAGCGAUGAACGUCAACGACCUCGUCGUGCAGGGCGCCCGGCCGCACAUGUUCAUGGACUACUACGCGUGUAGCAAGCUGGACGUCGACGACGCCGUCGCCUUCGUCACCGGCGUCGCUGAGGGCUGCAAGCAGGCCGACUGCACGCUCGUCGGGGGCGAGACGGCCGAGAUGCCGGGGCUUUACCAAGAAGGCGAGUACGACGCUGGCGGGUGUGCCCUCGGCGCCAUCGCGCAAGGCCAAACCAUCCUCCCCGACAAGCCAGCCAUGGCCGCGGGCGACGUGGUGCUGGGACUGGCGUCCGACGGCCUGCACUCCAACGGCUUCUCGCUCAUCCGCAAGAUCGUCGAGCGCGUUGGGCUGUCGUUCCACGACGACGCGCCGUGGAGCAGGGGACAGCGCGUGGGCGAUAGCCUCCUCACCCCCACGAGGAUCUACGUCAGGCCGCUGCUGGCGGCGACGCAGAAGGGCUUGGUCAAGGGCAUGGCGCACAUCACGGGUGGUGGCUUGCUGGAGAAUGUUCCACGCAUGCUGCCGGACCACCUGGCGGCGGAGUUGGACGCGAAGGCUUGGCCGGUUCCGGAGGUGUUUAGGUGGCUGAAGGCGGCGGGGAGGAUUGAGGAUGUGGAGUUUUCGAGAGCGUGGAAUACGGGCUUGGGGAUGGUGCUCGUGGUGGACCAGAGCAAGGCGAGUGAGGCCAUCAGCGUGCUGAAAGGAGCGGGCGAGACGGUGUAUGAAGUCGGCAAGCUGGCCAAGCGGGCUGAUGCGGGCUGCGUGGUCAACAACAUGUCCGCUUGGAGUUGAGGUUGAGGGGGUAGAGUAUCUAGCAAGUGGCAUCCAGUGGCGUUUAGGUAGGAUAGGAAAAGCUUGAACGGAGCAGGGGAUCUAGAUUCCGUUGCAUAGCCGCAACCCAUAUGCGGACGAUGCGGCUGGGGUACCGUGGCUUACGUUCUUAUGCGGUAUUUAGUACCUAGAUAGUAUCUCCACGAGGUAUAUUGUAUGAUUCAGCGACUCUGCGACUCAGGUGUCCAGGCGUGGAAGCUCUGUUCGACUCAUGCUGUCAGUCAGCAACAGGUACGGAGUAUCUAGAACACGGCAGAUGCUGAUGUGGGUGUUGCAAAGUGAUUGGAUGCACAUGG